GGUGGGUGGGGCCCAACCGCCGUUUAUCGGCCGUUGGCGCCGCGGCCGCCGCCAUCUUGUUAGCCGGACUUGGAGCUGAACAGAACGAUUUUCCACAUUUGAAUUGGUCUGGUUAGCUACACUGUUUCAGUGAGACAUAAUUCGAAUUCCAUCCACACUCAAUGGACUGACAUGAAGGAUGACAGGAACAGUGCAGACCAAAACCCACGGUCCACAUAUGAGCUCCUCAUGCAAGCCAAGAUUCUCCCAACUAACAAUUCAAGAAACCUUGUGCUGAAAAGACUACUUAAAGCAAGCCAGGACUGUGGGGAGCAUUAAGGAGGACCUCGGGCAGCCGAGAUGUGGUGGAAGAUGUUCUCAGCUUGUCGUGUGUCCUUGACAUCACGUUUCAGAAUGAAACCACGUUGUUAUUGUCAAUGUGAAGACACAAUAUUUUGUGGGGCUGUCUCUUUUCUAAAUGCUCUUCCCAGAAAUCCUUGUCGAUUUAUACAUGACAAAAUUACGGGAUUUAACUGCGUGACCCAUUGGCAAAAGGUAUUUGAACAGAAUGGAAUAUCAGAACCACAGCAAUCAAGUGAACACAUAAUAUCUCAUGUGCUUGGAGGAAAAACAAUUCACAACCUUACAGAAGAGGCCCUGUCACAUCCACUCACUGCAGAGCAGAAGCAGAUGAUCUGGAAUUUGUGUACGAAGCGCUUACACCACAUGCCUGUGCAGUAUGUGAUCGAGGAAUGGGACUUCUGUGAUUUGACCCUGAAAAUAAAGCCACCAGUUUUUAUUCCCAGACCAGAAACCGAGGAGUUAGUUAGUCUGGUGGUGUCAGAACUUGCUGAAGAAGAGGAUGUUUUAUUUUCUGCGGAAGAUGCUCAUUGGCAGAACUCCCAUCGGGCUGCUCGCCCUGUGUUCCUGGAAAUUGGAUGUGGAUCUGGUGCCAUUAUUCUGAGCUUGCUGCAUUUCUUCAAACAAAGUUAUGCUGUGGCAGUCGAUAAGAGUGCAGAAGCUGUGAACCUCACGAGACAAAAUGCUGAGAGGUUAUGUGUUCAGCACAGACUUCAAGCAUUGCAGCUCAAUGUUAUAUCAGAUUCCCAGAAGCUGGCACGGAUCUGUGGAUCAGUGGAUGUUAUUGUCAGUAACCCUCCAUACGUGUUUCAUGAAGAUAUGUCUGGGCUAAGCCCUGACAUUCUCAGGUAUGAAGACUAUGAGGCCUUAGAUGGUGGUGCAGAUGGAUUGAAAGUCAUCAGAGCUAUACUGCAGCUUGCACCUACUGUUCUUAAGGAUCAUGGCAAGGUUUUCCUCGAGGUGGAUCCCAGACAUCCAGAAAUGAUACAAAAUUGGCUUCAGGAAUAUGCUGACUUGCAGCUCACCUACAGGGCUACCCACCGUGACUUCUGUGGAAAGCUGCGUUUCUGUGAACUGCAGAGAAGUUGAACAAUUGAAGGACCAAGCUCUUACUCUGUCGUAGAGAUACUUAAUAGGAAGUGUCAAAAUAUACCUGUACUACUCUAGAAUUUGUUUAUGGAUCCAAAGUUUCUACUUGGAAGGAAGGGCAAUGUUUUGCAUUGCAUCUGUUACGACGAGCAACUUCUUACUGAGAUCUCUGAUGUAUAAUGCUACAAAUGUCACUAGUUCUUCAGGGAGUGGAUUCUAAUCAAUCACUAACUCUGGGAGAAGAUUGGCUGGAAGCUUUUUUAGACAUGCCCAGGAUUCAAAUCAAAGUGGAAGAAGUCAGUGGACUGUCCCCAUGGAAGUUUCCAUGACAAUCAGCUUUACUUUCUAUUCACAGAAUCAAAAAUUUUAAAGGGAGUAGCUAAACAGCUGGACUAACGAAAAGUGUACUGCUUAGCAAGUAGGCCUUGUGUGAUCAAGGUGUUGUGGUAGAAAAUGCACCAGGGAAUGUUUGUUUAAUUUGAAAACACACAAUACAUAUUGUUUUUUUCCCUGUAAAGGACAGGUCCCAGGUCAUGAAUAUAUAUAUAUCUUCUAGCAAGAAUCAAUGAGCCACAGGUUAACCCUGCCUGGUAAUCUUUAAUUGAUUGUUAGUUAAAUUCUUAGAUCACUUUGAAUUGCUUAGCAACUGCUGUUCAAUCGCAGAAUUACAUCUAACAUUAUGUUUUGAGUUUUGUAAGUGCGGCCUAGCUGAGUAUUGUCAAUAUUAUGCCAAUUAUAAACAUCCAAAGGGUUGUGCUGUUUAAUCCACCAGUCAUUGAGAUAUACAGCCUAUGUUACUGGUGAGGUAAAAGCCUGGGGCAAUGGCUCUGUAAUACAUUCACUGUGGUAAUUUCUCGACCAAGCUGGGUCUUCUUCCCAACCAGUCUACAGCCUUUCCUCAUCCAGUGCAAAUUGUUGUUCCCUUUGAUGCUUGGUAUUCUUGAGGCUGUCCUGAUAAAUUCAAGACAAAAAGCUUCAGUCAUGUGUCUGCUUUUUGCAGCAAUAAUCAAGUUCUGUGCUACCAAGCCAUAGAGUUACACAGUAACAGAAGAGAACCAUUUGCAAUCUCUUAGAAGAUCUAUAGAUCUAUCCAAAUUUGUACUACUCUCAACUUUGUCCCAUUAUCGUGUAAGUUUAUUGUCAUCAGCUAGUUUUUCAGGUGUUUUUCGUAAGUUCCUAUGAAAUCUGAUUUCACCACCUUCGCAGAAAGCCAACUCCAGAUAUAACAGCCCUCUAUGUGAAAUUAUUUCUCCUCAUUUUCUUUCUAGUUCUUUGGUCAAUAUUUUAAAAUCUAUAUCCUAUGGUUUUCUAUUCACUUGCCAAAGAAUGUUGGAACCCUUCAUAAUUUUGAAAUCAAUUCAGUAAGACUCCUUCUCUGCUAUAAGUGGAACUAUCCCUGAAUAUCCUCUCCACAUAACUGAAGCCCCUCGCCUCUGGUAGCGUUCCUAAAUUCCAAACCUAAAUUGAAUUGCCCACUAUACUCUACAGUUACACGUAGUUCUAAUUUUCCUCCUGGCUUGUUGCCAUUAUUGGACACGAAUAUUUCAUUUCUUUAAUAAGAGACUUUUAAAAUAAUGCCAGACAUCCAGCCUUUAAUGUCCGAUCCUGAACCUAUGGAGUAUGUCCUCUUCAGUCCUUCUAUAAUCAGCGGAACUCUCUGGGCCUCUUAGACCUACUCAGUUGAUAGCAAUACGUUGUUGAGUCAAGACAUGUUCAAAGUUCUGAGUAAAAAAGUCAAGAUGCUGCCUUUCAGAAGGAAUGUUAAACUAAGAUUUUGCCAAUUUGAAAGUGGCAUUGAAAAUCCUUUGAUACCCAAUAAGUCAACGUAAUGGUUCAGCCACAAUCUCAUUAAAUGGUUGAAUAUACUAGUCAGAUUGCCUGAUCCUAUUUAUUAUGUUCUUACUGUCACCAAAGAAAGAAAUGUUUAAUUGCUGCUUGGGUGUGUUACUGUGCUCAAAUUAGCUACUAAACAGUGACUACAUUUUAAACAAAAAGAAAGCAAUUCAUGUAAUGGCCAUGAGUGAUUUCUCAAGAGACGUAGUGUAGCAGUAUAUAGAUAUAUGUACAUAGAAUCAUAGAGAUGUACAGCAUGGAAACAGACCCUUCGGUCCAAUCCGUCCACGCCGACCAGAUAUCCUAACCCAAUCUAGUCCCACCUGCCAGCAUCCGGCCCAUAUCCCUCCAAACCCUACCUAUUCAUAUACCCAUCCAAAUGCCUCUUAAAUGUUGCAAUUGUACCAGCCUCCACCACAUCCUCUGGCAGCUCAUUCCAUACAUGUACCACCCUCUGCGUGAAAAAGUUGCCCCUUAGGUCUCUUUUAUAUCUUUCCCCUCUCACCCUAAACCCACGCCCUCUAGUUCUGGACUCCCCCAUCCCAGGGAAAAGACUUUGCCUAUUUAUCCUAUCCAUGCCCCUCAUAAUUUUGUAAACCUCUAUAAGGUCACCCCUCAGCCUCCGACGCUCCAGGGAAAACAGCCCCAGCCUGUUCAGCCUCUCCCUAUAGCUCAGAUACUCCAACCCUGGCAACAUCCUUGUAAAUCUUUUCUGAAUCCUUUCAAGUUUACUUAUUCCUUUUGUCACCAGGGAGGAAGGGAGAUUACAUCACUCAGCUGUCAAUUUUGAUGAGAAAGCUGAGAAAAAGCCUUUCUUUAAAAUGCUUGGGGAAGCUACACUGCACAGCAGAGUACUUCAUUAGGUGGCAAAGUGGCUAGCACUGCUGCCUCACAGCACCAGGGACCCAGGUUUAAUUCCAGCCUUGGGUAACUAUUUGCACAUUCUUCCUAUGUCUGCUUGGGUUUCCUCUGGAUGCUCCAGUUUCCUCCCACAGUCCAAAGAUGUGCAGGUUGGUGAAUUGGCCACUAUAAAUUGUUCAGGGAUAUGUAGGUUAGGUGCAUUAGUCAGGAGUAGUUGUAGACUGAUGGGGAAUGGAUUUGGGUGGGAUGUUCUUCGGAGGGUCGGAGUGGACCUUUUGAGCUGAAGGCCCUGUUUCCACACUGUAGGGAUUCUAUAAAUAUGUGUGUUAGUGUGACAGAAAUUAAACCACUGAAGCAUCAUGGUUUAAUAUAUAUUUUACCAGCAGAGGCCCGCAGAGCAUUUGUGGUCAAAUUUGCUUCCUUAUUGCAACAGAACUUCUUAAUUACAGGAAUUUCAAUCACUAUUUCAGCAAAGAUUUUAUCAGAAUAAAAAUUUCUCACGCAGGAAAUAAGUUACAUGAAGCUGUUCAAACAAGCCUAGGAAUUAAUUACCUACUUUGUCAAAAUUCUGGUCUUAUGAUUUUGUGGAAUAUUAUCAUUGAAUUGGGAAAUGUUUUAUUGUGAGUUGAAAAUGUUGAGAU